AUGGCUAUCAAGAGACAGAAGAACUGCCGCAGGAUCCGGCCCGCUUCUGCCUUCAUUAGUGGAUCGGAGCAGGAGAGCGACCUCACAGCCGCUAAUAUGAACUCCCCACUCGGAUGGAUCUCCCUGGUUGGCAACGCACCGUAUUCCUAUUCGCACAGCGCCUCCUUCGACGGGCUUUUCGAACUGCCCACGGAAGGGAGUCGGCUCGAACACCGGACGUGCAGCAGGCCUCGGCCACCUCGCUCGACUCGGUUCCGCUCCAGCAACCGAAUUUUUCGUUCCCUGGAAUCCCGAGAACAGGAGAAUGGGUUGGGGCCCAGACUGGAUGAAGGUCUCGAGGAGUUUUUUAACCGCAGAGUUCUGAGCAACACCAUCAGGUGA